AUGCCGCAGACUGAACGCUCUCCUUCCGUAUCCUCGACGCCGCGCUCCGGACGACGCCUGCUCUCGCGCAUCACAUCGCCCUUCGCCAGCAAGACGCGCAACGUCACCGAUUUCUACGUCCAGAUCCCCGACGUCCACAAACAGUACGGCCCGGGCGAAACAGUCUCGGGCGCCGUACAUCUGCGAGUCGCGAAACCGAUACGCGUGACGCACGUGGUGGUCUGUCUGCACGGCUAUGUGCAGGUGUACAAGAAUCCGGGCUGUCCGCCCGCCGAUGGCUAUCGCGCGAACAGUACACAGGUCGGAACGGGCAGAGGCAGCAGGACAGGCGAGUACUUCGGCAAUGGCUUCGCAUCGCUGUUCGAAGACGAGGUCGUGCUUUGCGGAGAUGGAAAGCUUGGCGAGGGAGCAUACCAGUUCGAGUUCAACCUCGAGUUUCCAGAUCGCGAUCUGCCCAGCAGUAUAUCUUUUGAGCGAGGAACUAUAUCCUACAUGAUCACGGCCACCAUUACGAGACCCACCACUAUCUCGCCCACCAUUCAGUGCGACCACAAGGUCUAUUACGUGGAAAGCAUAGACAUCUCAUCACUACUCCCACCCAAGGCGAGGACGAUCACGCUGGAAGCAAUAUCGCGCCGGACCAAAGCCAAAGGUCAAGCGAGGAGACUGGUCGACAGCGAUCGAACAGGUCGCAAAGGCGACUCCAAAGUGGGCUCAAGCGAGCGUCGAGACAGUCAGACCUCAUCAUCGCCAAGUGUGGCCCCAAACGGCGAGCGCAGCUUGCAGAGUCCUUCACCCAGCGAGCAGAGCUUCGAUAGCUUGGUCACGGGCAGUCAGGGUCGUCCCUCCCACCAGGAGUCCAAUGCCACUUCUCCGAGACAGAGCGAUGUCAGCAGGCAGACCACCGCCAACGGCAACUCAUCUGUCACUACUCGGACCAUCAACGCCACGGUUGAAUCAAUGAAAGGAGGCUGCCUUCGCGGGGAUCACAUUCCUGUCAAAGUACAUGUCAACCACAUCAAGCAUGUCAAGAGCUUGCAUGGUGUGAUCAUCACGCUUUACCGGCAAGCUCGAGUUGACAUGCAUCCUUCCAUUCCACUGGGUCCCACCGAGAAAGGCAAGGAAGCCAGAUACGAAGAUUAUUACCCGAAAUCAGCUACAGGUCUUGGCGGAUUAUCCUUGUCUGGAGCGGGAUCAAGUCACAUGUUUCGGAAGGACUUGUCUCAGACUGUUGUGCCUCUCAUCGUGGAUCCAAACUCGUUGACGGCGGAAGUCACUGGUAAAGUACAUGUGGAUGCGGAGGAGUUCCCGACGAUAUCAACGGUACCAGGAGCCAUGAUCAGCUUUCGGUACUACAUUGAAGUCGUAAUUGACAUUCAAGGCAAGCUUUCUACUCAAGACCGCAACUUGGGCAAUCUUGGCGGCUUGGCCAAUACUUUGAUACAAGGCCCCACGACCCCUGGUGUCGAGCGAGAACGAACCGCAUACACUGGUUCUGGAACUCCGUUGAUCGACACCGCCGGCUUGCGACGUGACAAGGGCGUUGUAUCGUGUACGUUUGAGGUCGUCGUUGGAACGAGAGACACUGAGCGCAAUCGCAACAAAGGCAAGCAAAGGGCGGAGCCCGUCGCGGACACUUCAACCCAAUCAACCCAGCGGCUCCCGGCCAGUAUGCCGGCUCAACAGGAUGCACAACCGGGUGCUGACCGGAAUGGAGAUCACGCUCAGUAUGCUAACGACUGGUAUGGCUAUGAUCAGGGUUACGACCCACAUUUUUACCAUUAUCAUCACCAAUAUCACCCCUCUACACGACAGGGAUAUCAGGUCCAUGAAAAUGGUUACCAUCAUCCGAUGACGAACGGCAACGGCUAUCAUGACUACAACGAAUACGCAUCGCCUGCAUACAUUGCACCUCCACCGAUACCCAUACCGGCCCCUGAGGACGAAUCACAGCUGACGGAGAAAGAACGUGUGCACCGUGCCGAGCAGCGACUUUUGCCUAGUCAGCCACCUGACGCUGAUGGCCAAGCAAGUGCGGGCGCUGCUCCAAGUGCACCGUACCUACCAGAUGAGCAACCGAAUGGAAGCUUUGCGGCCGCGAUCGCGCCUCCUGCAUUCACGCUCCAUCCCCCAACUGCGAUGGUUAGCUCAUCCGCGAUCGGCACUUCCUUCACUCCUCUUGACUAUGCCAGCAGCAUACCCUUACCCAGGACACCGGUGUAUGAGGAGCGGGAAGGUCAAUCAUAUCUGCCGAGUACGCCGGCUUACGAGCCACGAGAUGGCGGCGCGCUGACACCAAUACCAUCGAGGACAUUACCACCGACUGACGACAAGCGAGAACUAGAGAGGAGAAAUCUUCAGAUGGAAGCGUCAGCACCACCGAAUGAUGAUACUGAAGAAGCGGGACCCUCAGGUGUUCACGCACCUUCAGCGCCCGUGCUUGAUGAGAAUGAAGAGCUGUAUGGACUUUCACAUGACAGCCAUGCUGAUGCGUCGGCGAGUUCGGAACUGCCGAGGUAUGAGAGGUAA